CCUGCGCAAUUAACACAGCAGUCUCAGGUAUCAGGAGGGAGAGAGAGAGACGCUCCACAGCACCUGGAGGACUCAACAUACAAACAAGUGAUUUUCAACACAAAGCCCUCUGAUCCCAUGAUACUGGUCACAUUAUGAAAUCACGCUACCUAUUCCUGCUGGUUUACCUCGUUGGAGCCACCACUGGAAAUUCAAGGGCACAAGGGACUACAACAUGUGGGGCAGAAAGCUGCGGUCAGGAGGCGGACGCGACCUCCCGCUUCCUGCAGUGUGUCGGCUUGCUGUCCACAGACACAGGAAAAGACCACAUGCAGAGGCUGAAAGUGAUCCUUGAGGCCACAAUGGACGUGUACACCUUCAUGAAAUCCAGCAUGACCGGCGUGCCGGUCCUGAGCCUGGAAGGAGCUUUGAAUUUCAACCCCGGAGCAGAUCCUCUCCAGAAUGAAGCCCUGGUUCAGAUGUGGCUUGAGGUCAAAAUCAAACCUCUGCUGGGUUCCAUCACCAAACACUUCCUGUCCUGCCUCAGCACAAAGAACUUCAGCUGCUCCACUUAUCAGACUGUAGUGGGAGAGCUCAGCCAAUAUUUUUCAGAGAUGAAUCCAGUCAGACAAAAGUGGAUCUACACAUUCUUCAUGUACCCCUUCCUGUCUGGAGAAAGAGUUACAGGUUGUGUAAACGGCAAUGAAAGCAGCGAAGAAUGGCUGAUGAAGAAUUUUGGCGCCUUCAGAGCGAUGGCCCAAAUGAAGGACUUCACCAGCCUCAACAUGGUCUUCAGUGGGCUGGAGGUUCUCCACCUGCUCUCUCCUGCACAAAAGGCCGAGCUGCUCUUAAAGCCUGAGGUGGCUGGUUUGGACAACGGCACCCUGACCCUGGUCUUCAACAGUCUGCUGCCCGGUCAGCAAACCACUCCCAGCCCUGGAAACUCGUCUGUGGUGCCAGUUGGUUAUUCAUCUCCACACAGCACUCUCAAAGAGAUCGCAAAUGGAUUCAUGACGGCUUUCAGACCGAUUGGAAGUUUUGCUCAUGAAUUUGUUUCUUUUACACGUCAGAGAAAUGUUUCAGAAAUAAAAAGCACCACUUUGACUCAGUUCCUGCUCAACUGGACUCUUGCUGAGCUGGCAGACGUGUAUGAGCCGCCCAUGGUCCCAGACAUCCCCGAGUUUGACGUGACCAACGUGGAUGACUGGUACCAGCAGGUGGUGCUGCCGCUGCUGCGCAGGUUCCUGCCGAACGACGAAAACUUGAUGCACCAAAACAUCACGCUGGCUUUUCACGAGCUGUAUUUUCUGGAACAUGGUGGGGAAAAUGAAUACGAUGAACUUCAGGAUGUCUGCAGCGUCACUCUUGAUAAGAGCCCUUGUGGGCUGACCAAUGCAGUGGAGAACGUAGCCCAUAUUAUGCACUGCGCUGCUAAAAGUGAGCUGACAAUGACUGAAGAAACCAUCAUGAGGCUGAUUACUGAGCUGGCUGAACGUCUGCACCUCCUGAUAAAAGAGUUUACCACAACAAACUUUGCAGGGCUGGCAUCUGACAUUAAAGAGAUAUUCAACGAGAAUGAGCCUCCAACUCUGACCCAACAUCACCUGGACGAUCCCGAAUUCAUCAAACUCUGGUACCAGAUCAAACUGCUCCCUCUGCUGCCAGACGUAAACCCAGACCUCCUCUCCUGUCUGAGCACCAAAAACUUCUCCUGCCCCGUUUACCAAACCCUGGUGGCAGCACUUGGUGAGAGCAUGAGGCAAAUGGAUGCUGACAUGAUGUACAGUCACAUCUACAGAUAUUUCAUCUACUCUUUCCUGAAUCACAACGCCACCGAACCCCAGUGCAUCUCCUCAGCCAAUCAAAGUGCAGAAUGGGUGAACCUGAACUUUGGGUUCUUCUCAAGCUUUGCCUCUGUCAUCGACUUCUACCAGCUCAACCCCAAUUUCUCUGCGUUGGAAGCUCUGCAGGUCCUGACCCCGAAGCAGCUUGCAGAAAUGCUGCUGCUGCCUCUUCCUGGUCCAACAGAUAAAGACACCGUUAUCAACGCAGUGUUUGACUUCUUGUUGGAGUCGCCAGAAGACAGAAAAUUUACCGACGUUCUGCACUUCGUGGUCCAGCUUGCCAAAGAGGCUAAUCCUCCCUGCAGUGUCUAUCAACUCAUUUUUGAACGAAUGUACGGAGCCCUAACGAUGAUACCUCCAGACUUGGAGCCAGUUAUUUGGGCCCGCAUAGAUGAUCUCAUGGGAAUUGCGCCGGCGGAGUGUGUACCGGCAGAAGUCACGUGCCAAGACACGCAGAUCAACAGAACUUUAAUCUGCCAAAGCAUCAACAGCUCCGUUCUUCAGUCAUACCUCAACGACCACGCGCCUGUUUCAUGUAGCUUCACCUUGGAGGAAUAUGCUUGUGCUCAGCUGGAGGACUUCACGGCUGAACAGCUGGCUUCCCUGAUGAGGUGUAAUCUGCCCGGCAACGGCAGCCAUUCCAGGGUCCUGUGGAAGUUGCUGCUGACGAAACUCUCCAGCGUUUUGAACCCAGCGCUGGACAUGCUGGCCAACACGUCGGUGGGAAUGAUCCCGUCAGCGGAGGAAAUUUUGGAUGUGAUAGAGGAAAUCAGGCUGUCGGCGCUGACCGAUGGGGAGCUGACGGACAGCGGCGUGAUCCACUUGUGGUUCACAGAGCGUCUAAGCGUCUUCCUGCCAUUUGCGUCGGGGCGCUUCCUGCUCUGUCUGACCAGCAGGAACUUGAGCUGUCCAUCAUAUCAGCAAAUACUGCAGGUGUUUGUUGGCCACUUUGAGGAGAUGCCCUUCCAACAGCAGCUUGUGGUCCUGAAGGAUUUCAUCCUUCGUUUCCUUCUGAACGCUCACUCAGAUCCAGGAUGUUUGUCCUCCUUCAACAACAGCGCACAGUGGCUGACUAACAACUUCGGUCCAUUCUCACAGUUUGUGAUCAUCAGCGACCUGAUCCGUCUCAACCCAUACUUCAAACCACUCGAGGCCUUACAUCUCCUCACACCAAAUCAGACUGCAGAGCUGCUGGGACUGAUGCUUCCUGAAAGCACAGACGCCGUCAUCAACAUGAUCUUUGAUUACAUGACCGAAGCACCAGAGGAAAGGAAAUUCACAGAGUUCCUGUCAUCUUUGGUCAUGAUUUCCAAGACGUUGAACCUUUCCUGCUCAUCCUACAAAACACUGUUCACCAGACUGGACGACGCCAUGGCAACAGCUUCUUCUGACUUGGCUUCAGCCAUUACAUACACUAAAGUGGCUUUAUUCAAACGACUACCAUCUGACUGCAUCAUAUACAGUGGGCAGUGCAAUGAAACAAUGACAAAUGAGACAGACAUAUGCAUGGGAGUCAACAGCACAGAGCUUCAGAUCCUCCUAGACAGAUCAACGAUGGCCGAACGGCACUGCAGCUUCUCUGUGGAGGAAUUUGCCUGUGCCUCUCUGUCAGGUUUAACAGCUGGGGAUCUGGCAGACAUGUUGGGCUGUGAUAGGGUCUCGGACUCAAGCGGCUCCAAACCUGCCUGGAAGCUGCUGCUAUCCAAAGCCUCCAAGGUCCUGGAUCAAGCUCUGGAUCUGCUGAGCAACACCACGCUCCGUCCUGACCAUCCUUCUGCCCCCAUGAUCCUGGACUCCAUACGAGAACUCCGGCUGCUUGUCGUCAACAUGACCGUCCUCAAUGAUCCCGCCUUCGUCCAGAUGUGGUUCGGCCGUCGCCUUCGUCCGUUCCUGCCAGCUGUUUCCAGCGACUUCCUCUCAUGUCUCGCCACCGAAUCACUGGACUGCAGCACCUACCAAUACAUCGUGAAGACAUUUAGCGAGCUUCAGUCAGUCAUGUUGAAAGAAAGGCAGCUGUCUGUCUUGACACACUUCAUCACAGGUUUUCUGACAACAAACAACACUGCAGAUCCAAGAUGUUUGCCAUCCUUCAACAACAGCGCACAGUGGCUGACCGACAACUUCGGUCCAUUCUCACAGUUUGCGAUCAUCAGCGACCUGAUCCGUCUCAACCCACUCUUCAAACCAUUUGACGUCAUUCAGCUCCUCACGCCAGAUCAGAGAGUGGAGCUGCUGGGACUGACGCUUCCUGAAAGCACAGACGCCGUCAUCAACAUGCUCUUUGAUUACAUGACCGAAGCACCAGAGGAAAGGAAAUUCACAGAGUUCCUGUCAUCUUUGGUCAUGUUCACUAAGAUGUUGAACCUUUCCUGUUCAUCCUACAAAACACUAUUCACCAGACUGGACAUCACCAUGGCAACCACUUCUCCUGACAUAGUUUUAGCCAUCACAAACACUAAACUCUCUUUGUCCAAACAACUACCACUUGAUUGCAUCAUAUACAGUGGGCAGUGCAAUGAAACAAUGGCAAAUGAGACAGACAUAUGCAUGGGAGUCAACAGCACAGAGCUUCAGAUCCUCCUAGACAGAUCAACGAUGGCCGAACGGCACUGCAGCUUCUCUGUGGAGGAAUUUGCCUGUGCCUCUCUGUCAGGUUUAACAGCUGGGGAUCUGGCAGACAUGUUGGGCUGUGAUAGGGUCUCCGACUCAAGCGGCUCCAAAGCUGCCUGGAAGCUGCUGCUAUCCAAAGCCUCCAAGGUCCUGGAUCAAGCUCUGGAUCUGCUGAGCAAUACCACGCUCCGUCCUGACCAUCCUUCUGCCCCCAUGAUCCUGGACUCCAUACGAGAACUCCGGCUGCUUGUCGUCAACAUGACCGUCCUCAACGAUCCCGCCUUCGUCCAGAUGUGGUUCGGCCGUCGCCUUCGUCCGUUCCUGCCAGCUGUUUCCAGCGACUUCCUCUCAUGUCUCGCCACCGAAUCACUGGACUGCAGCACCUACCAAUACAUCGUGAAGACAUUUAGCGAGCUUCAGUCAGUCAUGUUGAAAGAAAGGCAGCUGUCUGUCUUGACACACUUCAUCACAGGUUUUCUGACAACAAACAACACUGCAGAUCCAAGAUGUUUGCCCUCCUUCAACAACAGCGCACAGUGGCUGACCGACAACUUCGGUCCAUUCUCACAGUUUGCGAUCAUCAGCGACCUGAUCCGUCUCAACCCACUCUUCAAACCAUUUGACGUCAUUCAGCUCCUCACGCCAGAUCAGAGAGUGGAGCUGCUGGGACUGACGCUUCCUGAAAGCACAGACGCCGUCAUCAACAUGCUCUUUGAUUACAUGACCGAAGCACCAGAGGAAAGGAAAUUCACAGAGUUCCUGUCAUCUUUGGUCAUGUUCACUAAGAUGUUGAACCUUUCCUGUUCAUCCUACAAAACACUAUUCACCAGACUGGACAUCACCAUGGCAACCACUUCUCCUGACAUAGUUUUAGCCAUCACAAACACUAAACUCUCUUUGUCCAAACAACUACCACUUGAUUGCAUCAUAUACAGUGGGCAGUGCAAUGAAACAAUGACAAAUGAGACAGACAUAUGCAUGGGAGUCAACAGCACAGAGCUUCAGAUCCUCCUAGACAGAUCAACGAUGGCCGAACGGCACUGCAGCUUCUCUGUGGAGGAAUUUGCCUGUGCCUCUCUGUCAGGUUUAACAGCUGGGGAUCUGGCAGACAUGUUGGGCUGUGAUAGGGUCUCCGACUCAAGCGGCUCCAAACCUGCCUGGAAGCUGCUGCUAUCCAAAGCCUCCAAGGUCCUGGAUCAAGCUCUGGAUCUGCUGAGCAACACCACGCUCCGUCCUGACCAUCCUUCUGCCCCCAUGAUCCUGGACUCCAUACGAGAACUCCGGCUGCUUGUCGUCAACAUGACCGUCCUCAACGAUCCCGCCUUCGUCCAGAUGUGGUUCGGCCGUCGCCUUCGUCCGUUCCUGCCAGCUGUUUCCAGCGACUUCCUCUCAUGUCUCGCCACCGAAUCACUGGACUGCAGCACCUACCAAUACAUCGUGAAGACAUUUAGCGAGCUUCAGUCAGUCAUGUUGAAAGAAAGGCAGCUGUCUGUCUUGACACACUUCAUCACAGGUUUUCUGACAAACAACACUGCAGAUCCAAGAUGUUUGCCCUCCUUCAACAACAGCGCACAGUGGCUGACCGACAACUUCGGUCCAUUCUCACAGUUUGCGAUCAUCAGCGACCUGAUCCGUCUCAACCCACUCUUCAAACCAUUUGACGUCAUUCAGCUCCUCACGCCAGAUCAGAGAGUGGAGCUGCUGGGACUGACGCUUCCUGAAAGCACAGACGCCGUCAUCAACAUGCUCUUUGAUUACAUGACCGAAGCACCAGAGGAAAGGAAAUUCACAGAGUUCCUGUCAUCUUUGGUCAUGUUCACUAAGAUGUUGAACCUUUCCUGUUCAUCCUACAAAACACUAUUCACCAGACUGGACAUCACCAUGGCAACCACUUCUCCUGACAUAGUUUUAGCCAUCACAAACACUAAACUCUCUUUGUCCAAACAACUACCACUUGAUUGCAUCAUAUACAGUGGGCAGUGCAAUGAAACAAUGGCAAAUGAGACAGACAUAUGCAUGGGAGUCAACAGCACAGAGCUUCAGAUCCUCCUAGACAGAUCAACGAUGGCCGAACGGCACUGCAGCUUCUCUGUGGAGGAAUUUGCCUGUGCCUCUCUGUCAGGUUUAACAGCUGGGGAUCUGGCAGCCAUGUUGCGCUGUGAUAGGGUCUCCGACUCAAGCGGCUCCAAAGCUGCCUGGAAGCUGCUGCUAUCCAAAGCCUCCAAGGUCCUGGAUCAAGCUCUGGAUCUGCUGAGCAAUACCACGCUCCGUCCUGACCAUCCUUCUGCCCCCAUGAUCCUGGACUCCUUACGAGAACUCCGGCUGCUUGUCGUCAACAUGACCGUCCUCAAUGAUCCCGCCUUCGUCCAGAUGUGGUUCGGCCGCCGCCUUCGUCCGUUCCUGCCAGCUGUUUCCAGCGACUUCCUCUCAUGUCUCGCCACCGAAUCACUGGACUGCAGCACCUACCAAUACAUCGUGAAGACAUUUAGCGAGCUUCAGUCAGUCAUGUUGAAAGAAAGGCAGCUGUCUGUCUUGACACACUUCAUCACAGGUUUUCUGACAACAAACAACACUGCAGGACCAGGAUGUUUGUCCUCGUUCAACAACAGCGCACAGUGGCUGACCGACAACUUCGGUCCAUUCUCACAGUUUGUGCCCAUCAGGGUGCUGAUCCAACUCAACCCACUCUUCAAACCACUGGAGGCCUUCCAGCUCCUCACGCCAGAUCAGAGAGUGGAGCUGCUGGGACUGACGCUUCCUGAAAACAAAGACGUUGUCAUCAACAUGCUCUUUGAUUACAUGAUCAUAGCGCCGGAGAGAAGUUUUGUAGAGUUCCUGUUAUCCUUCGUGAGAUUCACCGAGAUGGGAAGUCUUUUCCUUUCCUGUUCAUCCUACAAAACACUGUUCACCAGACUGGAUGACGCCAUGGCAACAGCUACUUCUGACUUAGUUUCAGCCAUUACAUACACUAAAGUGGCUUUAUUCAAACGACUACCAUCUGACUGCAUCAUAUACAGUGGGCAGUGCAAUGAAACAAUGACAAAUGAGACAGACAUAUGCAUGGGAGUCAACAGCACAGAGCUUCAGAUCCUCCUAGACAGAUCAACGAUGGCCGGACGGCACUGCAGCUUCUCUGUGGAGGAAUUUGCCUGUGCCUCUCUGUCAGGUUUAACAGCUGGGGAUCUGGCAGACAUGUUGGGCUGUGAUAGGGUCUCGGACUCAAGUGGCUCCAAACCUGCCUGGAAGCUGCUGCUAUCCAAAGCCUCCAAGGUCCUGGAUCAAGCUCUGGAUCUGCUGAGCAACACCACGCUCCGUCCUGACCAUCCUUCUGCCCCCAUGAUCCUGGACUCCAUACGAGAACUCCGGCUGCUUGUCGUCAACAUGACCGUCCUCAAUGAUCCCGCCUUCGUCCAGAUGUGGUUCGGCCGCCGCCUUCGUCCGUUCCUGCCAGCUGUUUCCAGCGACUUCCUCUCAUGUCUCGCCACCGAAUCACUGGACUGCAGCACCUACCAAUACAUCGUGAAGACAUUUAGCGAGCUUCAGUCAGUCAUGUUGAAAGAAAGGCAGCUGUCUGUCUUGACACACUUCAUCACAGGUUUUCUGACAAACAACACUGCAGAUCCAAGAUGUUUGCCCUCCUUCAACAACAGCGCACAGUGGCUGACCGACAACUUCGGUCCAUUCUCACAGUUUGCGAUCAUCAGCGACCUGAUCCGUCUCAACCCACUCUUCAAACCAUUUGACGUCAUUCAGCUCCUCACGCCAGAUCAGAGAGUGGAGCUGCUGGGACUGACGCUUCCUGAAAGCACAGACGCCGUCAUCAACAUGCUCUUUGAUUACAUGACCGAAGCACCAGAGGAAAGGAAAUUCACAGAGUUCCUGUCAUCUUUGGUCAUGUUCACUAAGAUGUUGAACCUUUCCUGUUCAUCCUACAAAACACUAUUCACCAGACUGGACAUCACCAUGGCAACCACUUCUCCUGACAUAGUUUUAGCCAUCACAAACACUAAACUCUCUUUGUCCAAACAACUACCACUUGAUUGCAUCAUAUACAGUGGGCAGUGCAAUGAAACAAUGACAAAUGAGACAGACAUAUGCAUGGGAGUCAACAGCACAGAGCUUCAGAUCCUCCUAGACAGAUCAACGAUGGCCGGACGGCACUGCAGCUUCUCUGUGGAGGAAUUUGCCUGUGCCUCUCUGUCAGGUUUAACAGCUGGGGAUCUGGCAGACAUGUUGGGCUGUGAUAGGGUCUCGGACUCAAGUGGCUCCAAACCUGCCUGGAAGCUGCUGCUAUCCAAAGCCUCCAAGGUCCUGGAUCAAGCUCUGGAUCUGCUGAGCAACACCACGCUCCGUCCUGACCAUCCUUCUGCCCCCAUGAUCCUGGACUCCAUACGAGAACUCCGGCUGCUUGUCGCCAACAUGACCGUCCUCAACGAUCCCGCCUUCGUCCAGAUGUGGUUCGGCCGCCGCCUUCGUCCGUUCCUGCCAGCUGUUUCCAGCGACUUCCUCUCAUGUCUCGCCACCGAAUCACUGGACUGCAGCACCUACCAAUACAUCGUGAAGACAUUUAGCGAGCUUCAGUCAGUCAUGUUGAAAGAAAGGCAGCUGUCUGUCUUGACACACUUCAUCACAGGUUUUCUGACAAACAACACUGCAGGACCAGGAUGUUUGUCCUCGUUCAACAACAGCGCACAGUGGCUGACCGACAACUUCGGUCCAUUCUCACAGUUUGUGCCCAUCAGGGUGCUGAUCCAACUCAACCCACUCUUCAAACCACUGGAGGCCUUCCAGCUCCUCACGCCAGAUCAGAGAGUGGAGCUGCUGGGACUGACGCUUCCUGAAAACAAAGACGUUGUCAUCAACAUGCUCUUUGAUUACAUGAUCAUAGCGCCGGAGAGAAGUUUUGUAGAGUUCCUGUUAUCCUUCGUGAGAUUCACCGAGAUGGGAAGUCUUUUCCUUUCCUGUUCAUCCUACAAAACACUGUUCACCAGACUGGACGACGCCAUGGCAACAGCUACUUCUGACUUAGUUUCAGCCAUUACAUACACUAAAGUGGCUUUAUUCAAACGACUACCAUCUGACUGCAUCAUAUACAGUGGGCAGUGCAAUGAAACAAUGACAAAUGAGACAGACAUAUGCAUGGGAGUCAACAGCACAGAGCUUCAGAUCCUCCUAGACAGAUCAACGAUGGCCGAACGGCACUGCAGCUUCUCUGUGGAGGAAUUUGCCUGUGCCUCUCUGUCAGGUUUAACAGCUGGGGAUCUGGCAGACAUGUUGCGCUGUGAUAGGGUCUCGGACUCAAGUGGCUCCAAACCUGCCUGGAAGCUGCUGCUAUCCAAAGCCUCCAAGGUCCUGGAUCAAGCUCUGGAUCUGCUGAGCAACACCACGCUCCGUCCUGACCAUCCUUCUGCCCCCAUGAUCCUGGACUCCUUACGAGAACUCCGGCUGCUUGUCGUCAACAUGACCGUCCUCAAUGAUCCCGCCUUCGUCCAGAUGUGGUUCGGCCGCCGCCUUCGUCCGUUCCUGCCAGCUGUUUCCAGCGACUUCCUCUCAUGUCUCGCCACCGAAUCACUGGACUGCAGCACCUACCAAUACAUCGUGAAGACAUUUAGCGAGCUUCAGUCAGUCAUGUUGAAAGAAAGGCAGCUGUCUGUCUUGACACACUUCAUCACAGGUUUUCUGACAACAAACAACACUGCAGGACCAGGAUGUUUGUCCUCGUUCAACAACAGCGCACAGUGGCUGACCGACAACUUCGGUCCAUUCUCACAGUUUGUGCCCAUCAGGGUGCUGAUCCAACUCAACCCACUCUUCAAACCACUGGAGGCCUUCCAGCUCCUCACGCCAGAUCAGAGAGUGGAGCUGCUGGGACUGACGCUUCCUGAAAACAAAGACGUUGUCAUCAACAUGCUCUUUGAUUACAUGAUCAUAGCGCCGGAGAGAAGUUUUGUAGAGUUCCUGUUAUCCUUCGUGAGAUUCACCGAGAUGGGAAGUCUUUUCCUUUCCUGUUCAUCCUACAAAACACUGUUCACCAGACUGGACGACGCCAUGGCAACAGCUACUUCUGACUUAGUUUCAGCCAUCACAUACACUAAAGUGGCUUUAUUCAAACGACUACCAUCUGACUGCAUCAUAUACAGUGGGCAGUGCAAUGAAACAAUGACAAAUGAGACAGACAUAUGCAUGGGAGUCAACAGCACAGAGCUUCAGAUCCUCCUAGACAGAUCAACGAUGGCCGGACGGCACUGCAGCUUCUCUGUGGAGGAAUUUGCCUGUGCCUCUCUGUCAGGUUUAACAGCUGGGGAUCUGGCAGACAUGUUGGGCUGUGAUAGGGUCUCCGACUCAAGCGGCUCCAAACCUGCCUGGAAGCUGCUGCUAUCCAAAGCCUCCAAGGUCCUGGAUCAAGCUCUGGAUCUGCUGAGCAACACCACGCUCCGUCCUGACCAUCCUUCUGCCCCCAUGAUCCUGGACUCCAUACGAGAACUCCGGCUGCUUGUCGUCAACAUGACCGUCCUCAAUGAUCCCGCCUUCGUCCAGAUGUGGUUCGGCCGCCGCCUUCGUCCGUUCCUGCCAGCUGUUUCCAGCGACUUCCUCUCAUGUCUCGCCACCGAAUCACUGGACUGCAGCACCUACCAAUACAUCGUGAAGACAUUUAGCGAGCUUCAGUCAGUCAUGUUGAAAGAAAGGCAGCUGUCUGUCUUGACACACUUCAUCACAGGUUUUCUGACAAACAACACUGCAGGACCAGGAUGUUUGUCCUCGUUCAACAACAGCGCACAGUGGCUGACCGACAACUUCGGUCCAUUCUCACAGUUUGUGCCCAUCAGUGUGCUGAUCCAACUCAACCCACUCUUCAAACCACUGGAGGCCUUCCAGCUCCUCACGCCAGAUCAGAGAGUGGAGCUGCUGGGACUGACGCUUCCUGAAAACAAAGACGUUGUCAUCAACAUGCUCUUUGAUUACAUGAUCAUAGCGCCGGAGAGAAGUUUUGUAGAGUUCCUGUUAUCCUUCGUGAGAUUCACCGAGAUGGGAAGUCUUUUCCUUUCCUGUUCAUCCUACAAAACACUGUUCACCAGACUGGACGACGCCAUGGCAACAGCUUCUUCUGACUUAGUUUCAGCCAUUACAUACACUAAAGUGGCUUUAUUCAAACGACUACCAUCUGACUGCAUCAUAUACAGUGGGCAGUGCAAUGAAACAAUGACAAAUGAGACAGACAUAUGCAUGGGAGUCAACAGCACAGAGCUUCAGAUCCUCCUAGACAGAUCAACGAUGGCCGGACGGCACUGCAGCUUCUCUGUGGAGGAAUUUGCCUGUGCCUCUCUGUCAGGUUUAACAGCUGGGGAUCUGGCAGACAUGUUGGGCUGUGAUAGGGUCUCCGACUCAAGCGGCUCCAAACCUGCCUGGAAGCUGCUGCUAUCCAAAGCCUCCAAGGUCCUGGAUCAAGCUCUGGAUCUGCUGAGCAACACCACGCUCCGUCCUGACCAUCCUUCUGCCCCCAUGAUCCUGGACUCCAUACGAGAACUCCGGCUGCUUGUCGUCAACAUGACCGUCCUCAACGAUCCCGCCUUCGUCCAGAUGUGGUUCGGCCGUCGCCUUCGUCCGUUCCUGCCAGCUGUUUCCAGCGACUUCCUCUCAUGUCUCGCCACCGAAUCACUGGACUGCAGCACCUACCAAUACAUCGUGAAGACAUUUAGCGAGCUUCAGUCAGUCAUGUUGAAAGAAAGGCAGCUGUCUGUCUUGACACACUUCAUCACAGGUUUUCUGACAACAAACAACACUGCAGAUCCAAGAUGUUUGCCCUCCUUCAACAACAGCGCACAGUGGCUGACCGACAACUUCGGUCCAUUCUCACAGUUUGCGAUCAUCAGCGACCUGAUCCGUCUCAACCCACUCUUCAAACCAUUUGACGUCAUUCAGCUCCUCACGCCAGAUCAGAGAGUGGAGCUGCUGGGACUGACGCUUCCUGAAAGCACAGACGCCGUCAUCAACAUGCUCUUUGAUUACAUGACCGAAGCACCAGAGGAAAGGAAAUUCACAGAGUUUCUGUCAUCUUUGGUCAUGUUCACUAAGAUGUUGAACCUUUCCUGUUCAUCCUACAAAACACUAUUCACCAGACUGGACAUCACCAUGGCAACCACUUCUCCUGACAUAGUUUUAGCCAUCACAAACACUAAACUCUCUUUGUCCAAACAACUACCACUUGAUUGCAUCAUAUACAGUGGGCAGUGCAAUGAAACAAUGACAAAUGAGACAGACAUAUGCAUGGGAGUCAACAGCACAGAGCUUCAGAUCCUCCUAGACAGAUCAACGAUGGCCGGACGGCACUGCAGCUUCUCUGUGGAGGAAUUUGCCUGUGCCUCUCUGUCAGGUUUAACAGCUGGGGAUCUGGCAGCCAUGUUGCGCUGUGAUAGGGUCUCCGACUCAAGCGGCUCCAAACCUGCCUGGAAGCUGCUGCUAUCCAAAGCCUCCAAGGUCCUGGAUCAAGCUCUGGAUCUGCUGAGCAACACCACGCUCCGUCCUGACCAUCCUUCUGCCCCCAUGAUCCUGGACUCCAUACGAGAACUCCGGCUGCUUGUCGUCAACAUGACCGUCCUCAACGAUCCCGCCUUCGUCCAGAUGUGGUUCGGCCGUCGCCUUCGUCCGUUCCUGCCAGCUGUUUCCAGCGACUUCCUCUCAUGUCUCGCCACCGAAUCACUGGACUGCAGCACCUACCAAUACAUCGUGAAGACAUUUAGCGAGCUUCAGUCAGUCAUGUUGAAAGAAAGGCAGCUGUCUGUCUUGACACACUUCAUCACAGGUUUUCUGACAACAAACAACACUGCAGAUCCCGCCUGCAGCUCCAACACAGUCAGCAGCGGCGACUGGCUGCAGAAGAACCUGGGAGGCUUUUCUGUCUUCCUCUCCAUCCAGGAACUUCAGAAGCUCUACCCCAACUUUUCACCUAUGGAAGCCUUGGCCUCUCUGUCUGUCGGACAGCUGGUGGCCUUGUCCGCCACACCUGGGCUGCUGACGACUCCUGACCAGGUUGCCAUGGUGAUGAAAUAUGUCCCAGACCAAAUGUUGGCCAUCUUCUUUGAUGAGUUCUCAGUCGCCAUUAGGGGCAAUGAAUACAUGAUGCCCUCCGCAGUGAGGUCUGCCAUGCUGGAGGUUGUGUUCGACCGUGCAAACCUGUCCCAUCCCUCAGUGGAGGACUCGGUGGUAUCUGUGUGGCUCAAUAAUCGACUGCCUCCCCUGGUCAUAAGCCUGAUCCCCUCCCAAGUCAACCCAUAUUUCCAGAUACUGGUGGGAAGAAACUGCAGCAUUGGGCAUCAGGGUGUAACACUUCUUAAUUCAACAAUCCCAACACUCACUGCGGCCUCCCAGAAAGAAAUCUACAACCAAAUCGUUCUGGCACUGAAAGGACCUCCAGCUCUCCAUUGCUACGGUGACGGCAGCUUCUACAGAUUCGUCGAGGACUCGUUCUUGGGAUUCCAGUUCCCCAACCUGACCACCUUCCUGUCCCUCAUGCCUCGUGACCAAAAGCAUCUGCUGGUGAACUCCAUGCCUCUGUCACAUCUGGGGAACCUGCUGCGUCGGCCAGGCGUCGUCGACAACGGAGCGCAGCUCUGUGAUCUCUACAGCAGCUAUGCCCAGACACCAGCGUUUUUGGAAACUGAGUCCCUGCCGGUAGACGUCAGGCGUCCCACCCUGCCCUGCGUUUGGCCCAUGGCCCUCAGCAGCACCAGGAGGUCAGAGGUCAACGCUUGGUUUGACCGAAGCCUCCAGAACUACUUGGUCUUCCUCUCAAAGAGUCUGAUCAGUCCAGAUGUUACACACAACACCUCGUGUCUGGCCUUCCAGAAACUUGUCUCGGUUCUUGGUCAAUACAACUACACCGCGGUGGACUUUGUGCAGGAAGACGUGUUCAAUACCAUCAGGAAUUACCUCCAAUCAGCAACACCAAGAUGUUACGACCCCAACAACCCAGAGCUGAACUCCACGGCUUGGUUUGCUGAGUACAUCGGCCCUUUCAUGCCGUUCCUCACUCUUGAGAUUUUUCAUACAUUCGGAUCAGAUAAGUCCCUCCAGGUGUUCACAGUGAACCCCCUGAACAUUGCACUCCUCAACCACUCGGUUUUGCCUCAGAACCUCACCAACUACUACACUGGGCUGGUCUACCAACAAGACAGUAACUUCAACCCCCUUCUCCUUCCUCUGCUGUGCCGGUGUGUCGCUCCUGGCAUGGCAUUCACCCAGCUGACUCCAGCAGAAAGUUUGAUAGUGUUGCGGAACCUCACCAUUGUCUGCCAAGAUCUUAAUCCACAGAUUUCUGCUGCUCUGACGAGCAACUUCGGUAAUAACAUCGACUCCAACACCAUCUCUGCUCUCGGCAAUGAAAGCACCACCAUGUCCACGGGGCAGAUCAAGGCCAUCAAUCCACAGCAGCUGAUCAACGCACUGUUCACACUCAGCAACGUGAAUGGCUGGAAAGCAGGACAGGCUAAGAGCAUCAUAGAGUCUCUGAUGACAGUGAUGCAGAUCAACGACUCUUCGUCACUUUUUACGCUGGGUACUCUCAUCAUCGGUGUCCCCUCCAGAGUUUUCAGGAAAAUUCAAGGCUCUGAGAUUUUGGUUGCCUCCAGAAACCCCUCGCUUGUGGGACACAUGAUGUCCGCUCCAAAUAUCGUCCAGCAGAUUUUUGUCACCCAGAUUUUAUCAGUGAACAGCACCGGUGAGGCGAUCAUCCAGAACGUUCCAGACGAAAUGGCCACUGAGAUCCCUCGGGUUUUCCUGCAGAGCUUUACAGCCGGCAGCAUCACAAAGCUCAACAAGAAGAAAUGGAAACGCCAGCAGGCUGAGGUGUUCUUUGACGUAAUAGCAGUGGAAAACGCCACGGCUGUCCUGGGAGGUGUGGACAACCUGUCCUCCUCUGUGCUGCAAGGAUUCACAUGCACAAGUGUGAGAACGAUUGAGAAGGAGCAAGUCAAAAAACUGGUCAAAGCCUGUCGGCGCAAAGGCACAGACAAAGUCAAACUGGUGGAGUCUCAGUUGACCUGCAUGUUCAACCGCAUCAGAGGAGAACCAAACAUCACCAGCUUUGAUCUUUUCCCUCCAGAUGUGCUGCUGUACUACGACUACUCUCUGGUGUCACAGAGCAACUGCAGUUUCUACUUUGAGCAGCUCAGCGACGCCGACUUCUCUGUGUUCUCCUCAGAACUCAGCUACAAGCGGACCGCGCUGUUCGAUAACGCCAGGAACUGCCUGGGCAUAACAACCACAAACCUGACUAAAGCUCAAAUAACAGUUCUGGGCAACAUGUGCUGCUACCUGAACGCUUCUUACAUCCUGAACUCUGAUGAAUCCAUCUUGGAGAAACUAAAGACCUGCCCGGAUCUGUCUGCCGCUCAGGCGGCCGCAGUGCAGACCCGUCUGACCGGUGGGACCUCUAGAUAUCGACUUGCUUCGACAUGGACUGAAACAACUCUGAGGAACCUCGAUACAUUUCCUCUGUAUAUGUCUUCAGAUUUCUAUGAUAACUUUGACAAAACCACGAAGCGCUCGUUCUUAAAGUACUACCUGAAAGUCCUCAGUGCUAAUGGAGUCAGCAGAGCGAAGAUAGGGGCAAUGAAAGCAGAAAUAAGACAAUCAAUUAGUAGCAGACUUAAGCGACAGACAGUCACUGAAUGCACAGCAGGAGUAAUCACCAAGGUCACCAUAUACAAUAGCACCUUCCCCUUCGACUACCCCAACAUCAAUCAGUUCAACAGCUGUCUCAGUGCUGCGGUCGUCAGGGACAACCUGGAGGUCAUCACCCAGAAGGUGCAUCAGCAGGACUACCUUAAGAUUGUUCUCAGCAAGCUGCAGGAGGCAUACAGCACCACCGUCCCUGAAGACCAGGUCCAGGUCUUGGGCCCGGCGUCGCGCGUUGCCUCGGCAGAUCAGAUCAAUACAUGGAACAUCACUCAGGUGGACACGCUUGCAUCUCUGAUGAACACAACAAACGGAGAGCUGGAUCCAAGCUUGGCUAAAGCUAUCAUCUCUAAGUAUCUGAGCGUGGAAGGCAACAAACUUGAGAGCGCGGAGCUUAAUGCUAUCGGAGGACCAAACCUGUGCUCUGUGAACACUGAGGUACUUAGCAACAUCUCUCAGCAGAGCUUGAGAGAUGCCAGUGCUUUGGAUGUGUCCAACUGCACCAGUGACAAACUCAAGGUGCUCUUCAACAUAACCCUUCAAGCGUUUCAAACUAACUCUAGAGCAAGCGUUGCAUUGUACCAGUUCAUACAGCCAUACCUGGGGGGCGCACCUAUUGAGUUUGUUAAAAGUUUGGCAUCUUCCAACAUCAACAUGGACCUGCAGACAUUUGUUAAGCUGGACGAGAGUGUGGUACAGAGUCUGCUUGUUGGCGAAGUUAAAACUCUUCUUGGUGACAACCUGCCUGACUUAAAAAGCUAUGAAAAUACACCGAUAGUACGCAGCUGGAUCUCAAGGCAGACACAAUCAGAACUCAACACACUAAACAUUGGGCUUACAGGAGGCCGAGUUGACAGCUCCGUCUCUACCAACUCGACUUCCAGCGCAACCACCCCUUCUGCUACCACAACUACAACAGUCACAACUGUCAAAACCACCAAAGGCGCCGGGGCCCGGAUCCAUGGAGACGUCGCCGGCUUCACCUUCUUUGUUUUCCUUGCGCUCCUCGUCUCGUCCAAUCAGGUUUCGAUCUGAAGAAACGCGCGGCUGAUUAUCAAACGCGCACCGUAGGCUAAAAUGAAUGGUUGGAUUAAAGGGUGAAAUCAUUUUUGGAUAUAUGUCUAAUUGAAAACAAACACUGUUUAAUGUUGUUUAUAAUGAACAAAAAUAUUUCCUGAACAGAAAUGGGUGCAAAUAUUGUGAUUGUGAUUACUUAAUUAUUUACUUAAAAACCUUUUAUGUCUUAUCUAUAAUACAAAAUGUGCUUAUUUGCAAUUUGCUGUAGGUAUUUGUGAAGGGGGAGAUAUUCUGUAUUUUUAUCCUCCAUAUUUGAUUUCUGAUACCUCAUAUGAAGAAUGCUUCUGUUAACACUUAUUGAAAUAAAAGGCUUUUCUUGAGUAAACUCUCCACUUUA